AUGGCCUUAGCUCUUAAGAAAAAGUUAGAAUCACCAGAAUUUAUUUUGAUAUUGUGUGUUUGGGAAAAUAUUUUAAAGUCUAUGCAAUUUGUAUCCAAAAAACUGCAGUCUGUUGACUUGCAUUUGCAACAGGCCUUGGAUCAAUUAAAUACGGCCAUCUCAGAUAUCAAAUUGAUGCGUGAAAACUAUGAUACAAUUGUUGACAAAGCAAAAAAAAUGUGUGAUUCAUGGAGUAUACCAUUUACAUUCCAUCAAAGCCGUGAACGGUAUAGUAAAUUAUUUCCCGGUGAAAUURAUGGUGAUAGACGACUAACAAUUACCCAGGAUAAUUUUAAAGUAACUGUUUUUUAUYCUGUUAUUGAUACUAUAUUAUCACAGCUAAAAUUUAGAUUUACUGGAUUGAACACUGUAUGUGAUUAUUUCAGAUUUUUAAUACCGUUUAGUAUGAUUUCAAUGACAAAAGAACUUUUAAUUAAGUCAACUUAUGAUUUUAUUGAAAAGUACCGUGACGAUAUUAGUAGUGACUUCACGCGUCAAAUAGUCAGUCUUCAAGAUUUUUUUCUUUCAAAGGAUAAUACCACUAAUACCAGUGACAUUAAAAAKAUGACAAUAAAAGAUCUAUCAUUAUUUAUAAUAAAAGAAAAUCUAUCAACUAUUUUYCCUGAUGUAUUUACGGCUACAAUGAUAUUCAUAACUAUGCCAGUCACUUCUGCUUCUGCUGAAAGGUCUUUUUCAAAACUAAAACUCAUAAAGAACUACCUACGUAGUACCAUUUCACAAGAUAGAUUAUCAAGCUUGGCUUUACUUAAUAUUGAAAGGCUGCAAACUUCUGAAAUAGAUGUAGACAAUAUAAUAAAUAUUUUUACAAACACAAAAGCCAGAAAAAUGAAUUUUUUACAUUAA